UCGGUGGAGAGGCUUCAAGCCCGGGCUGGUGGCCGGCUCAGCUGCUUGUCAGCCCCGGUGCGGAGCCCUCGUGGACGGUGGCGGGAAAGAGGAGGCCAGGCCCGGGAGCAUCGCCUGCACCGGCUCGGGCUGUGCAGCCCCGGGCCAGCAUGCCACCCUCUCUGGUUGCCGCGGCGGCAGCGGCAGCAGCAAAAGACCCUGCCUCCCCCACCUCCUCCAGCCGCAUUUUUGCAACUCUCCAGCCCCGGGCUUCUUAGCCUCGCCCCCUCCCCUUGAUCCAUGCUAACGCCCCUCGGGACCCGGGAGAGCCAUGGCCAGCCAGGGGGACUGCUGUGUCAAGGUGGCCGUGAGGAUCCGACCUCAGCUGUCAAAGGAGAAGAUCGAGGGCUGCCACAUCUGCACGUCGGUCACCCCGGGGGAACCCCAGGUGCUGCUGGGAAAGGACAAGGCCUUCACAUAUGACUUCGUCUUUGACCUGGAUACCUUGCAGGAGCAGAUCUACACAGCGUGCGUGGGGAAGCUCAUCGAGGGCUGCUUUGAGGGCUACAAUGCCACCGUGCUGGCAUAUGGUCAGACCGGGGCCGGGAAGACCUACACAAUGGGCACAGGCUUUGACGUGAGCACGGCAGAGGACGAACAUGGCAUUAUCCCACGUGCCAUCGCACACCUCUUUGGGGGCAUCGAGGAACGGAAACGCCGGGCUCAGGAGCAGGGUCUGGUCGGGCCCGAAUUCAAAGUCAGCGCCCAGUUCCUGGAGCUGUACAAUGAGGAAAUCCUGGACCUGUUCGACAGUACCCGGGACCCGGACUCCAGACACCGUAAAUCCAACAUCAAGAUCCACGAGGAUGCCAGCGGUGGCAUCUACACCACAGGUGUCACCUCGCGGCUUAUUGGCUCCCAGGAGGAGCUAAUCCAGUGUCUGAAGCAGGGGGCCCUGUCCCGCACCACUGCCAGCACCCAGAUGAAUGUGCAGAGCUCCCGGUCCCACGCCAUCUUCACCAUCCACCUGUGCCAGAUGCGCCUCUGUGCCCGGCCCGACCUGGUGAACGGAGAGGGGCCUGGGCUCCCAGAGGGCUCAGCUCCCAGCAGUGAAUAUGAGACCCUCACAGCCAAGUUCCACUUUGUGGAUCUGGCAGGCUCAGAGAGGCUGAAGAGGACAGGAGCCACGGGCGAGCGGGCCAAAGAAGGCAUCUCCAUCAACUGUGGCCUGCUGGCCCUGGGCAACGUGAUCAGUGCCCUGGGUGACCAGAGCAAGAAGGUGGUCCACGUCCCGUACCGAGACUCCAAACUCACCCGCCUCCUGCAGGACUCGCUAGGAGGCAACAGCCAGACCAUCAUGAUCGCCUGUGUGAGCCCCUCAGACCGGGACUUUAUGGAAACACUCAACACCCUCAAGUACGCCAACCGGGCCCGCAACAUCAAGAACAAGGUGGUGGUCAACCAGGACAAGACCAGCCAGCAGAUCAGCGCCCUUCGGGCCGAGAUAGCCCGCCUGCAGAUGGAGCUGCUGGAAUACAAGACGGGCAAGCGGGUGCUGGGUGAGGACGGUGCGGAGGGCUACAGCGACCUGUUCCGGGAGAAUGCGAUGCUGCAGAAGGAGAAUGCGGCCCUGCGCCUGCGGGUCAAGGCCAUGCAGGAAGCCAUCGAUGCCAUCAACAGCCGCGUUACCCACCUCAUGAGCCAAGAGGCCAGCCUGCUCCUCUCCAAGGCUGGUGAUGGCAAUGAGGCCAUUGGGGCCUUAAUUCAGAAUUACAUCCGGGAGAUCGAGGAACUGCGCACAAAGCUCCUGGAGAGUGAGGCCAUGAACGAAUCUCUGCGACGAAGCCUCUCUCGGGCUUCUGCUCGCGGUCCCUACUCCUUGGGGGGCUCCCCGGCACCCUCCGGUCUCGGGAUGCUGGGCAGUCCAGCAGGCUCCAUGGAGGCGGAGGCCUCUGAAGUGAUCCGCAAGGCCAAGCAGGACCUGGAACGACUGAAGGAGACCAGGCAGAGAAGGAAGAGCCCAGAGAAGGAGGGGUUUAAGAAGAGAGCAAAACUGCAGCAGGAGAACCGAGAGGAGUCAGACGAGAAUGAGGAGGAGGAGGAAGAGGAGGAGGAGCCAGACGAGAGCGGCUGUGAAGAAGAGGAAGGGCGAGAAGAUGAAGACUCGGACUCGGCCAGUGAGGAAAGCCUAGUGGACUCAGACUCAGACCCCGAGGAAAAGGAGGUGACCUUCCAGGCGGACCUGGCCGACCUGACUUGUGAGAUCGAGAUCAAGCAGAAGCUGAUUGAUGAGCUGGAGAACAGCCAGCGGCGGCUGCAGACGCUCAAGCACCAGUAUGAGGAGAAGCUCGUCCUCCUGCAGAACAAGAUCCGGGACACCCAGCUGGAGAGGGACCGUGUGCUCCAGAACCUCAGUACCAUGGAGUGCUACACGGAGGAGAAGGCCAACAAGAUCAAGGCCGACUACGAGAAGCGUCUGCGGGAGAUGAACCGGGACCUGCAGAAGCUGCAGGCGGCACAGAGAGAGCACACCAGGCUGCUCAAAAACCAGUCGCGCUACGAGAGGGAGCUGAAGAAGCUACAGGCCGAGGUGGCCGAGAUGAAGAAAGCCAAGGUGGCCCUGAUGAAGCAAAUGAGGGAGGAGCAGCAGCGCCGCCGCCUGGUGGAGACCAAAAGGAACCGUGAGAUUGCACAGCUCAAGAAGGAGCAGCGACGGCAGGAGUUUCAGAUCCGAGCCCUGGAGUCCCAGAAGCGGCAGCAGGAGAUCGUGCUAAGGAGGAAAACCCAAGAGGUUACAGCCCUGCGGCGGCUGGCCAAACCCAUGUCGGACCGGGUAGCAGGGCGGGCGGGCCUCAAACCACCCAUGCUGGACUCUGGGGCCGAGGUGUCGGCCAGCACCACCUCGUCAGAUGCAGAAGCAGGAGGACGUUCUGUCUCCAGUAUCGUGCGCCAGUGGAACCGCAAGAUCAACCACUUCCUGGGGGACCCCGGGCCCUCUGUAAAUGGCAUCCGCCCAGCCAGGAAGAAGCCUCAGAAGAAGGGUCCCGGCCAGAGCUUCAGCAAGGCUGCCCGACUCAAGUGGCAGUCUCUGGAGCGGCGCAUCCUGGACAUUGUCAUGCAGCGAAUGACCAUCGUCAACCUGGAGGCUGACAUGGAGCGGCUCAUCCAGAAACGGGAGGAGCUGUCCCUGCUGCAGGAGACACUGCGCAGGAAGCGGGAGAAGCUGCAGGCGGAGAGUCCCGAGGAGGAGAAGGGCCUGCAGGAGCUGAGUGAGGAGAUCGAGGCCCUGACGGCCAACAUCGACUACAUCAACGACAGCAUCUCGGACUGCCAGGCCACCAUCGUGCAGCUGGAGGAGACCAAGGAGGAGCUGGACUCCACGGACACCUCGGUGGUCAUCAGCUCCUGCUCUCUGGCAGAAGCCCGCCUCCUAUUGGACAACUUCCUCAAGGCCUCCAUCGACAAGGGACUGCAGGUGGCCCAGAAGGAGGCCCAGAUCCGGCUGCUGGAGGGACGGCUGAGGCAGACAGAUGUGACCGGGUCUUCCCAGAAUCAUUUGAUCCUGGACGCGCUACGGGAGAAGGCUGAGGCUCACCCGGAGCUGCAGGCUCUCAUCCACAAUGUGCAGCAAGAGAACGGCUAUGCCAGCACUGAUGAGGAGAUCUCUGAGUUCUCAGAGCCCAGCUUCUCCCAGUCAUUCACCAUGAAGGGUUCUACCAGCCAUGAUGACUUCAAGUUCAAGGGAGAGCCGAAGCUGUCGGUGCAGAUGAAGGCCGUGUCAGCUGAGUGCCUGGGCCCCCCACUGGACAUCGCCACCAAGAACAUCACCAAGUCCCUGGCCUCGCUCACAGAAAUCAAGGAGGACGCUGUAGGCUUCUCCGUCCGUGACUCCUGCUACCGGGACAGCGUCUCCCGCACCAUCAGCCUUCCCUCCCGCGGCAGCACCUUCCCCCGGCAGUCCCGCGCCUCAGACACCUCGCCCCUGACACGGAGGAAGUCCUAUGACCGCGGACAGCCCAUCAGGUCCUCAGAUGUGGGGUUCACUCCCCCUUCCUCUCCCCCAACCCGCCCCCGAAACGAUCGCAACGUCUUCUCACGUCUUACCAGUAACCAGAGCCAGGGCUCCGCACUGGACAAGUCUGACGACAGUGAUUCCUCUGUUUCGGAGGUCCUGAGGGGAAUCAUCAACCCGGUGGGUGGGGCCAAGAGCGCCCGGACGGCCCCGCUGCAGUGCAUCGCCGUGGCCGAGGGUCACACCAAGCCCAUCCUCUGCCUGGAUGCCACCGACGAGCUCCUUUUCACCGGGUCCAAAGACCGCAGCUGUAAGAUGUGGAACCUGGUGACGGGGCAGGAGAUCGCCGCCCUCAAGGGCCACCCCAACAACGUGGUCUCCGUCAAGUUCUGCGCCCGCUCCAGCCUGGUGUUUUCCGUCUCCACCUCCUACAUCAAGGUCUGGGACAUCCGGGACUCCGCCCAGUGCGUGCGCACCUUAACGUCGUCUGGACAGGUGAUCUCAGGGGAUGCCUGCGCCAGCACUUCUACCCGCCCCAUGACCAGCGCCCCUGGUGAGCAGCAGAUCAACCAGAUCGCCCUCAGCCCCUCAGGCACCACCCUCUACGCCGCCUCUGGAAACUCUGUCCGCAUCUGGGAGCUCAGCAGGUUCCAGCCCGUGGGGAAGCUGACAGGACACAUCGGGCCCGUGAUGUGCCUCACGGUGAAUCGGACCCCCAGCCACCAUGACCUGGUGGUGACCGGCUCCAAGGAUCACUACGUCAAGAUGUUUGAACUGGCUGAGGGCGUGUCCGGCAACGUGGGCCCCACUCACAACUUUGAACCCCCGCACUACGAUGGCAUCGAGUGCCUGGCCAUCCAGGGCAACCUGCUUUUCAGUGGGUCUCGGGACAACGGCAUCAAGAAAUGGGACUUGGAGCAGCAGGAGCUUAUGCAGCAAAUCCCCAAUGCACACAAGGACUGGGUGUGUGCCCUGGCCUUCGUCCCUGGGCGCCCCAUGCUGCUCAGCGCCUGUCGUGGGGGCGUCAUCAAGGUGUGGAACGGGGACAACUUCACUCCCGUCGGUGAGAUCAAAGGUCACGACAGCCCCAUCAAUGCCAUCUGCACCAAUUCCAGGCACAUCUUCACUGCCUCCAGUGACUUGACGGUGAAGCUCUGGAGUGGAAGGCGUCUGCCCAAAGGCACAGGAUAGGAGGAGCGGAGAGCGACGGGUUGGAUCAGAGAUGCAGCACUCCGCCGGCCCGUGUCAUGCACAGCCUCUGACAGAGCGUCCCCGGCACUCCCCGAGCCUCCGGGAAGAGGCAACCCAGCUGGUCUGGUGCCCUUUCUGGAGCUCUGGGGCUCUGAGUCUGCUCCUCUGCCUCCUCCCCAGGGCUGGGGUCUGUGCUGGGACCCUCUUGGGUCCUCGGGGGGAGACAGACUCGGGCUCAGUGAGGUUGGGGGGUCAGAGGAGUAGGCGGAUACCAAGCUGUGAAGCCCAAGGGCCUUUUCCAUCGCCUUCUCUCCCUUCCUUCCUCCCCUCAGGCCUCACCCUGCUCUCCCACCGAGCUGCCUAUUCGCCUCCCCGUGCCCCCUGCUGAGCCACUGACCCCCUCACCCCUCUGCUGACCCCAGGGGAGCCAGGCGCUGCCCUCAGCCUGACCUGAGACAGCCCAAGGCCAAACCCUCCCCUUUCCCCCUCAUGGUCCCUUGUGGACCCCCUGCCCCUGUGACCUCCUGAGCUGGAGAUGAAUCCUUGUCAGGAAAUCAGACUCUGACCUACAAGAGCUAAGGGCUCCAAAGGUCACAGGACAGGGGUCCCGAUCCCCAGAGACUCUUUUCCCAGCCUCAAGUAGGGGGUUGUCAUGUCUCGGAGCUCCCAUCCGCCCCCUCCAACUGCCCCAGACCCUCCCCAAUCCCCUCCGCCUGUGCCAGCUGCCUCUGAGCCAGCUUCUCCCCGCUGUGGGGGCCUGCUGUGAAUCUGAAAACUGAAUCCCCCACCCCCGCCUCCCCCUGACCCCACCAUGCAUCGCAUCCCCAGAAACUACCAUCCCCUGAGCCGUUUCCCAGACAUUUCCUGGAUGUUACCGGGGUACCCGGUGAUGGGGAGGGGACGGGGAUGGUAACCCAAGUUGGUAACCGGGGUAUCUCUCCCAGCAGACAUUGGCCCCGAGCUUUCCCUUCCUCCCCUUCAUCUCCAGCAGGGCAGCCAAUGGAGCCCAGGGAGGUGAGGGAGAGAGGAAAGCUCAGGGAUAACCCUUUCCUAACCACAGAGCUGUCAGAAAGCUGCUCCCUAGGAAAGGGGUGAGCAACUCCUGGGUUUCGGGGGUGGGGGUGGGGGGCAGUAUUUAUUUAUUUUCUGUGAAUGCCUCCUGGAAACUGACUUGAAGUUUCUUUCCAUGAAUUCUCUCCCUCACUGAACUUCUUUGGGUGCUGGGGCUCCUCAGCCCUGAUAAUUUUUAUUUUUUUUUGCGGAGAGGGUCCCACGGGACACAGCCGUUGGCUCUGGGUCCCUCUGAUCUGAGCAGGUCUUGCAGGUGCAUGGGGGUAGGGGUGGUGAUGGGGAAGGGGGAUCUCCACAGGCCACCCAUCAGCCGAGGCCUGCCGCUCUCCUGGGCCCUUAUUCCCUGAACUGGAUAUGCGUGUCUGCUUGCCUUUCCAGUCCCACAGUACCCUCCCUCCCCAACCCCUUCUUCCUCCUAGUUGCCAGACUUGAGUCCCAGCUGGCCCAAGGGAGAUGCUCCCCCCCUUCCUCUCCCUGCUGACUCUGCUCCCUCUCCCCGCUUCGCUCCCUGGGCCCACCCACAACCCCCGUGUGGGCUCCUCCAUUCUUCACUUGGAACCAUGUCCCGUUAAGAAGCAGCUAGGGGAGUUUUCCAGGUACUAUUUAUUGUAGGGUGUCCGUUCUGUAGUGAGGACCAGAUUUAAGGUUUCCCUCCUUCUUCCCCCACCCCCUCCAUUAUCUAGUCUGGACAGAUUGCUUUCCGCAGGGGCGGGAAGAAGGGAGUGAGGUUUUAAGAUCUGUUACUUUUAAGCAGAAAUAGCACAACAUCUAUCUCACCAGCUUCUUUCCACAAGCUCAAUCAGGAGACCCGUUUUCAAGCCUUAAACCUGGGAGCUGGGUAAUGGACUCUUCCAGCUUGGAAAUGAUGGCGAAAGCCUGGGAGGUGGUUUGUCUCAGGGUUUCGUGGGAAACGUUUCCUUGGCCAGGGACCAGCUCUCCGACUUUAAAUUAGUCGCAAUUAGCUGUUUGACUUAAAUUAGUGAGUGCGUGCCUCCUGCUGGUGGAAGUGACUGGCGGGAGACAUCAACUCGAGGCGCUCCCUUUAGACUGAUCUGGAUCUCAGUUCCAUCCCCAGAACAGUUUUUCCAUUUCCACGUUGCCCCUGGCCAUCUCAUUCCCCCCGGGACAGAAAGCAGGAGAUGCCGGGCCUUGCAUUCUGCCCUCUUGAGGCUCCACAGACCGGCUGGGCCACCUAGCUAGCCCUAGGCCGUUGGAAGUCCAACACAGCACAAGGAUUUCAACCUCCGACACCUUCGAGCAGGAGAGAAGAAUCUGGAGCCGAUGGACAACGGGAGCCUAGGAGUGUUGAAACCCAGUGCGGACGGUCAAAGGGUGAUUGUCCUGCAGUCGGCUGUCCGCUCUGACCCCAAGGACCCCCGACCUUUGGUGUUUUCCACUCCAGCCAAAGACUGCACCGGUGCCUAAGCCUCUCCCGCUGGAUUAGUCUCGGAAUCCCCCAGCGGAUUUCUGGCUUCUCUCCCGCCUGCCUGGUGACAGAGGGGAGUGUCGCGAUGGCCGGGGCCUGCCUUCACCGAGUUGACGCCGUGUCUCACCGAGGGAUGGACCAGGUCCCCGUGCCAGAUACACCGGGUUCAAGCCCUGCACCUGCGCUGCACUGGAAGGGGAGUGAUGCGCUACAGUAGGGAGUCUUGCUGUGGCAUGUGUAGUUUCUCUGGGGGUCCCUCUGGGGGCCGUCCCUCUGGGGAACUUCCUCUGCUGGAAGGUUCCGAAUCUUAUCGAUGUGAUGUUGUUUUCGUGUUCUCCCUUUGGGGAAGCUACCUCAUGAUCAGAGCUGGGGUUUGGCGUCAGUGAGUGUCAGUCUUUAAAUCUUGAAAUCAUCCCCGAGAGACCCCCCCCUUCGCAUGUGUGCCCCCAGCCACGCUUCCCGUUGCCUGCUGCCUUUUCUGAGUGGAACGGCUAGAGGCCUGGGGGCCGGCUGGCUCUGUGGGAGUGGACCCUGAGUCUGCCCGUGGGCAGGGCUAGCUGAGGACCAGAGGAGCAAAGGGAGGGCUCCUGCCCUCGCACAACUCUUCGUGGUAGAAGCACAAUUAGAUGGUGACCCCAGCACAACGGUUGUGAACUGAGCACAAGUCCCCACGGCUGGCCUAGAAGCCGAGGCCCGUCUCCCUGUCUGGUUCGGUCCUGUCCUCCCUGUCCCAUAGCCCUUUACUCCUGUCGUGGGUCUGUCUGUAUGACCAUUUUUUUUCUCCUUCUAGUUGGAAGACAGUGAUUGCUCAGGGCCAGGGCACGUUUGAGCUACCCAGCCCCUUCCCAGCGUCCGGCUACCCCUUUGCCCCAACCAGGCCGGCCUCACGGCCGAUCAUGACACCAGAGAAUGACCCGGCGGGGGCUUUGGGGUCACAUCCUGAUGGGUGACUGUCCGGCGGCCCUGUCCUAUGGCAUCGGUCUCUGCCUGCCGGACCAUGGUAGCCGUCCCCCGAGGGGGGAGAGAAGAGCUCAGAUCCAGGGUCUGCUGAGCAGGCCUAAAAUUAGCUGUGGACCCGUCCGCUCCCCGGGCCCGAGGCCAGGCAUCUCCUUGCUGGAAGAAGUGGGAACAGAGAACUUGCCAUGUUGUGCCCGCUCGUGGUCUCUCUAGGUUCAGAUGGCGCAAGUUGCCGUGGAGGGAGAUUCGGUCAAGCCCCCGGGUUUGUUCACUGAAGAAGGUGAGGACUUUUUUCCUUGAAAAACUGCUGCCCUUUGGGGCUCCAGGCCAGGGGCUCCAGCCUGGCAGGGGUCCUUCACUGCUGCAGAGACAGCAGAGCCCCCGGUUUGGGGGGGCUGGAGGUGGAGGCAGGGCCAGUGUCAGUGUCCUCCUGCAGUGUCAUUUGCCUCUGACCAGCAGGUGGCGCAAGAGCUCGCCAUCCUGUUGCCUCCUGUGGUCACCGAUACCCAGACGGACACUGCCCACUCCCCUUGCCACUCUGGCUUUGGGUCCCCUGGACAGACUGACAGCAGAGUGAUAGUGGUCUGACCCUCGCCCCAUGCCAGCCCCACCUCCCAGUCAGCCGUCCUGCCCUGUCACGCCUCACACCCGCCAUGCCCAGCGAGCUCGUUCAGGUUGCACAGGGUUUAAAAGGUCCACCUUUUAAUGCCCCGGAGGAGCCCUAGCAGGGCCGGGGAAGGGGGACAUUUCUUUCCCACUCUUUCACCCCCACUCUGCCCGUGCCACCUCCUGCCCUCCUCUCCUAACGUCGUGAUAUUUGACCUCUGUUUGAGGGGAGGAGGGUAGCGAGGGACUACGUCGAAGUGCAGAGAUCUCAGAACUAAUUGAGCUUUGGGCAUGAGUGGGGCACCAGGCUCUCACCCCAAGAGGAGGGGAGAUGCCAGAGUGGUCCAAGCUUUCCGUGCCCCCACCGCUGAAUGGCUGAGUCUGUGCACGCCCUCGUGCUCAGUAGCUGCCGUGGACUGGCACUAGGCUCAAACUAAGUCUUUUUCUGGCUCCUUUUCCCGCCAGGCUGGAGCGGAGCACAUGACACCCAGAAUGGCCCCUGGCCCUAUGUAAUAAUAAUGAUGGUGCCGGUUAAGCACUUACUAUGUGUCAAGCACUGUUCUGAGCUCUAGGGUAGAUGUAAGCUAAUCGGGUUGGACGUGGUCCCCGUCCCACAUUGCUCCGGGGGCACUUGAAAGCACAGACCACCUAGAAGAGAGCCUCUGAGCACCGGUCAGGCAAGAAACCAGUCUCCAUGGGGGGAAAGGUAUUUGCCAUCCACUGGCCACCUUGGCCAAAGUGCAGACCUAGAGCCAGCACCUACAGCCCUGUCCUCCCAAUCUCCCCCCUCUGCUACCCACGCCCCGUCUGAGUCUGGCUGACGGUGGCGUUCUCCAAACACCACGUUGCUUUCUUUGGCAUCGCCUCCAGAAGUGGAAUUUCCAUUGUGUGGUCUGAAACCUGACCUGGCCCCACCUCCACCAAAGUCUCUCUUCCACCAGGGGUGCCUGACUCCCACCAGUCCUGUCUACACCUCUCAGGGUGGUGAGUCGAUUUCCAUGAUGGGUUGGAGAAUGGAUCGUCCCUUGGAGCCGGCCACGUCCCGGAGACAGAGUUGUUGAGACCCCAUCUCCCCGUUGUGUGGAGCCACUUCACAGGGAGCCAAGAGCAGGCUACUGUGUGUAUUUUCUUGUGUCCCAGACCUCCCCAUCUCCUCCCCGUGAUGUGAGCCACGAGAGGGCAGGGUAGGGCCCGUGAAGCCCCGGGGUGGGUAUAAGGUAUUUGAGAACUGCCCACCAGUGAGGCUUGGUCUUGAGGAUAGGUCCCUCCCCACCGCCUGCUCUGAAGCUUCCAUCUCCAGAGACUCCCUCCAUCUCCCCUUCCCCUGCUUGUGCCCUGGUGUGAUGUGUAUAGACCAAGGUGUAUAUAGAUCUUUUAUACCUCCCUGAGCCUCUGUACAAAGUGUAAGAAAGUUAUUUAAGCCUCCUGAUGUACAUUUUGUUUUCAGCCGGUUGUGUUGGUUCCCACAAGGUCUUGGUAAAUAAACAGCGGGGAAUUAUCUCUUGAUGA